ACACACACACUCACACACACACACCCAAUACACAAAACAGUAAGGCAAACACUCUUCUCCUUUUUUUCCACCAAAAUAUUAUAAACCUCACCGUCACCAUUAUUCCUGUUUGUCCUUUAGACAUGCGCACAGACAUCAACAGUCCAUCGGGAAUUGAGACCCAAACCGAAACCAUUAUGUCGCUCUUUCCCCGCCGUUUGCCCAUUACCAGGUCCCUCUGAGGUUGCAACAAACUACUCCUUGUUGACAGCGUAAAUCCCAUUGGAAAUCAAUUGAUGCGCUGUUUGUCGCCCAGCGCGACAAACUGAUGGGGGGAAAUCCCGCACAGUGUGCAAAGCCACUCGGACUCUCGUGUCUCAUUUAGUACACCUUCCCAGCUUCAAGGGUGCUCAGUAUAUAUCCUGUGCAUUUUGCUUCAAGCCGUUGAUAUUAUUCGAAAACUUAUCUCUGUCAUACCUGCCUGACAUGGAGAGGACUAUUUCAGAAUUUUGCUGUAGAAUAUUGAAUCGUGCUUAUUUUAAGUAGAGCUUUCUUCCUUUGGAGGCUGUUGCGUUUCUGGGAGCUGUGUUGUUCUUCGUUCUUCUUCUCGUCAUUUUCUUCCUGUACCUCAACAAGUCUUUGUGUUUCUCCAACUGCGGAGGUUUCCCGUGCAUCGACAAGAUACCACAGAAAGAGAAUAAUCUAGGUGAGUAAUAACCAUGGUCUCGUGACCAGACCAACCACGUCGGUUUUCUUGUCAAUGUUGUGUUCUCAGACCUGUAUGGGUCUAUCUUCUCGACACAAAUUGAGAAGACAGAAACUUUUAGUAAUAUUAUCAUCAUGGAUUUGUCAAACUGAUUUUCCAUUCAAGGGGUUUCAAUCUGUUGCUCUGAUGUAAUUUUUAUUCGCAGGUACUAAUCUACUUUUUUCCAUGAGAUUUAAUAGAAAAGGGUCCAGUCUAAUUCUUUUUUCAGCUCUAUUCACACGUUCUUUAAUUGAUAAUGUACAGAUUCAUUAAAAAAAUGAAACUGCGUAUUCUCUAAGUGUGGGGACUUGGACGCGUUACAAAGAAAAAUAAAACAGUCAGAAUUUUAAUCAACUCAAAACAAUUAAUGCGGAAAACUUUCGUUGUGGCUUGCUCCAAUUGUUUUCUGAUUUUCUUCCAAUAAUCAAAGCCAAACUAACGAAAUGAUUGCUGCAAACUUUUAUUCUACUGUCUACUUAUCCAUGUUUGUUUGAUUGCUUUGUCGGUUCAAACAUGAAGACAGUAGGGAUUAUUUUUGUAGCUGAUUUUGGGAUUCACUGAACAAGUACCACGAACUGAAAUCUCUCUGUAGUGUGCAAAAUUUGUGUCAGUUCUCCAUGGUUGGUUUUUCAACACUUUGUGAUCAUUUGUUUCAUUACUGAUAUAGCAUAUGCCCAUCCAUUCUUGAUGAGACACAUGAGCUGUUACAAAAUAUUCAAUGACUUGGCUCCAUUACCUCCCGAAUUUAUCUUUUCGUCUUGAAUGUAGAGUACGAGUCACAUCGUUAAAUUUUCAUUUGCAUAUUUGCAAACAUCUCUAAAAUUAUGCUGAAUACGUAUUUGUGUGUACUUCUACAUUUUUUGUAUUUUAAAUGUCAACCUCACCUUGUACUUUUUAUUUUCUUCAAGAUAUAGUGUAUCACACAAUUAACGGUUUCUGCAGUUUUGGACUCCUUGUAACAAUAUUAUUAUUACUGGGGUGAAAGCAGGUUUUUGAACUGCUAUAUAUAUAUAUACCCUUUACAAACAUGUACUUGUUGUGUGGUGGUGAGCAUGUUUAUUUGACUAACACACUAUACUAACAAUGUAACCCCAAUAUUGCCAUUUUUUCCCCUUAAUCUCAUUCAUGGCAACACCUAACAUAGUUUUCAGAUUCAUAAGAAGUUUUAUGGUGUAGCAUGUGGAAACACAAAGUGAUUUUCUAUCGUCAUUUGACCAGAAAGGUAAUUAUAUACUACUUGUUCUAACAGGCACACUGAUGCCAAAUGACAUUUCAGCAGGCAAGUUAAACAGCUUUUAUUUGGUCAUAAUAUAAUGCAUUGUGUGCAUACGUUUUUUGGACAUUAUAAGUAACUCUGGUGGGUCGUUAUACGGUCUGUGCUAAGAGCUUGCUAAAACGUUCAAUAGAAUAAGUAAAAAGAGUAAGCAUUCAUGCCCGGUAAAGGUUUACUUUGUUAGUUGAACCAUGGGCUCAAAGCUUAGUGGGACAGAAAGGACUACAGAAUUUAUGGAGAGUUUUGAAGCCCAACCGCCGUUCUCUUGCCCAGAAUCCUCGGACGAUGAUUUUCUCGAAGGAACAAUCGGAGUCGGCAACACGCCAAAGGAUUCUGGGAUUGAACUGAACUCUUUGAAAAUAGAAGAUCCAGGGUACACAGUGUCCGGAAAUCCCCAACACUCCCCAGCAGUGGGCGCUAGUGCGGCUGGGACGUCAAGCAAUGGUAGUCGGUCAAGGACAACGGGCUCUAAAGAAGGUCAAGGUCAAGGCGAGGG